AUGUCCGACGCCGAAGGUAGCUCCAGAAAGGGCCAGUACAAGAUUGAGUACUCUCCCAAUAACAGAGCCGCUUGUAAAGGACCCAAGCCAUGCAAGGGAACCAAGCUUUCGACUGGGGAAAUGCGCCUCGGAACCGUCAAUGAGGUCAAGGGUCACAUUAGUUGGGCAUACAGACAUUAUGGCUGCACCACCUCGACGGUGUUCAAUAACAUGAAAAAAGCUUACGGUGCCGCGAGUGAGGUCGAGGGAUUUGAUCAGCUCAAGCCAGAGGACCAGGAAAAGUUUACCAAGGCUUGGGACAAGGGCGAGGUCGAGCCAGAAGAUGUUCCCGCUAGUGCCAAAGCCGCUGAAGGCGAAGAAGCUCCUAAGAAGAAGCCGUCUAGGCCCAGGAAGAAGCAAAAGGCAAGUACCUUUUCGACCAGAGCUUUCACCUCCGACUAUGGCGACGAUGAUGAUGAUGAAGAGGACGAGCCUAAACCAAAGAAGAAGGCUGCUCCUCGUCGCAAGAAGAAGAAGGCCGAUUCGGAUGACGACGAGGACGAUGAAGACGACGAAGACUACAACGUUGGUCAAAAGCGCAAACGCGGAGGGAAGAAGGGCUCCAAGAAGAAGGGCGCUGACGACGAUGACUAUUGA